GAGGCGCGAUAUCGCCCCUUCAGAAUACGCGGCAUGACUAACGACAUGGCGCAAAUAACGUCGGCGUCGUCGGUGUUCGCGAUGCAGAACCUAUCAUCGUCAUCGCGUAACUUCAGUUACCCGCUGGAGGACGUGACGUCAAAUCGGGCGGUGCAGUUUGUCUUCUGCGUGUUCUAUCUGGGUAUCUUCUUCAUGGGCAUUUUCGGCAACGUGCUGGUGGCAUUCGUCGUCUGGCGCAACCGGCAGAUGCACACGGUCACGAACCUGUUCAUCGCGAAUCUUGCGCUCAGCGAUGUGCUCCUGUGCUUCCUGGCCGUGCCGUUCACGCCGCUCUACACCUUCCUGGGCCGUUGGGUGUUUGGCAAUACCCUCUGCCACCUGGUACCGUACGCCCAGGGCGUCAGCGUAUACAUCAGCAUGCUCACGUUGACCAGCAUAGCCGUCGACCGAUUCCUGGUGAUCAUCUAUCCGUUCCACCCGCGCAUGCAGAUCAAGAUGUGCAUAGCGAUCAUCGUGAGUAUCUGGGUGUUCGCGUUGCUACUGACCGUGCCGUACGGGCUCUACAUGCAGCUGGAGGAGCCGUACACCUUCUGCGAGGAGCACUGGCCCAGCGAGCCGUUCCGCAAGCUCUUCAGCUCGAUCACCACGAUACUGCAGUUUAUCGUGCCGUUCUUCGUGAUCGCCUUCUGCUACAUAUGCGUGUCGAUCAAGCUGAAGGAUCGGGCGCGCGCCAAGCCCGGCAGCAAGACCAGCAAGCGCGAGGAAGUGGACCGCGAGCGGAAACGACGCACCAACCGGAUGCUGAUCGCCAUGGUGGUGAUAUUCGGCGUGUCCUGGCUACCCCUGAACAUCGUCAACAUCGUCAACGAUUUCUACUCGCCCGCCAACGACUGGUCCUACUACAGGCUAUGCUUCUUCAUAACGCACUGCCUCGCUAUGAGCAGCACCUGCUAUAAUCCGAUCCUCUACGCCUGGCUCAACGACAACUUCCGCAAGGAGUUCAAGCAGGUCCUGCCGUGUUUCUCGAGAAGCUCCGACGACACUCCAAGGACCAAGGAGGGCUGCAAGAGCGACAAGAUAUGUAACGGUAAUAAUACCAUGCAGGAGACUCUACUGCCCAGCAACACGACAAGAGUGCAGAAUCCCGAGGGAUACGAGAUGAUCAUCCUGGAGGCGACGACGAACGUUUCGAAAGACCAGGAUCAGCCCUCGAGCUCUUCCAAAGACUUCGACGACGCUGCUCUGUAAGGAAGUUCGACAGAUCAGCUGCAUUCCAACACGGAACACGGAAUUUCUCCUUCCGCACAGAUCACUAGUCAUGCCCGACGUCUUAAUUAUUUUAAUUAUCGGCACUUUUCUCGCUCCACGUCGAUGAAAUGCAAUUCUCGUCCGAUCGCAUCUACCGCUUCCUCGCUGCUACGUCACUCGCCCCUUUCGCGCCCGAUAUGCUACGCGCUAUUGAUUCCUCCGCGUGAACACGUUACGUCACCGGGGACUUAUGUAAUUGAAGGCGCGAGAGCGAGGUAGCGAGCGGCUCCUUUAUGAUGUUUCGAGUCGCAGCGCGAUUCCGCGACUCGCACAACAGCUUUUCAAUAGGACCCGUCGACGUUUCGUUUAGGGCGUCCGUUAUCAAUCGCUUUGUGGCUCGCGUGCGAGCUGCGACGCAGCUCUACCGUGAAAACACAUCCGGCAACCUGUGAAAUCAGUAACGGAACCUGAACCCGUUCAAUGGACCGUCUGUUGGAAGAUAUCGGUCGCCACUCACUGUGCGUGUAUGUACCUCCCUUCCUCUUUCUUUUUUUCUCUUUGAAGAAAAACAAAGAAAUAAAAACCAUUAUCAGAGGGAACUUAGGAGAGAAUCGGGCAACGAGAUUGUCAAUGUACCGCACAAAUCCACUCGGAUGGAAUGUUCGAUAAGAUACCGUCCGCGCUGUCACAUCGCCAUUGUUUCGUCUCGAAAUCGAAUCGUGUUUUAUGGCUGACACGCGCUGUGAAAAAUGACUAAACGAUGGAGGGAAUCGGAAAGAAUUGUCUGUGACACUGAACGCUUAAAAAAGAGAGAAAGAGAGAGAGAGAGACAUUGACAGAGAUUCCUUUCGCGAAUUCGUCUCGCGCGCAAAUUGCGCCUUCCGAAAUUCUGCGCGGCAAGCAAUUAAUUAUAAUCGCUCUCAAAGUGAGCUUUCCAAAGAUGCUCGAGUUGGACGCGCGACCACUAACUCCACUACUAAAAUUAACUACCCGGUUAACUGUUAAACGAUCCGCUGCUGCUGUACAACCGAUCCGCUGGAGCCGGUCAUUAAGAGGAAACUGCUCAUUGGUCAAACGCGCCGUCCGUGCACGUCUAUCGGUGGAUUAAAGUGCUCAGGGGAGCCGGCCGGAUUAGAGCAAUCAAUGUUGCUUCAACGGACGACGAUCCGGCCCAGCAAAUGCUAUGUAUUCUUAAGACUCUAGCUGAACGUGCGCAAAUUCUCAAAGCAAAUUCCCAAAGCAACUUCUCAAUUUCCACAUUCCACGCGAUCGGCAUGCACGAAAAGAUCGCAUUUCGUCCGACCUAACUCAACAAGAUCCAGAGGUCGAAUCAGUUUUACAGGAGCAGGAUAGCAGACUGACUGACUCGGUACGCUCGUCAGCUUUGCACGCGGCGGCGCGCGAUGAACUUGCGCCUCGCGGCAAGGCAACCGGAACGAUGAGAGAUGCAAGGCAUUCAGCAUCCAUGUCAAGGACCACGAGACAAUUCAACGCGAUCCACCGUCUCCUAACUACCGCGUCGUAAUUCAGCGCGCCGAUCAUCGCGCGCGCAAUUUCGCGCGGAUUUCAUCGCAAUGUUCAGCCAUCGCCUCCUGCGAUUUCGCGUCUUUCCAACCGGAAACGAUCCGCGCGGACCAUACAAAAGGAAUUUCACGGCCGAGCGAUGAGAUUUAGCGAUCCAGGGUGAAGGAUGGAUAAUCACGGGAGCUACAAUCACAGAUCCAGCGUUGUUCAGCCGCGUCGAAUGUCUCGUGCGUCUGCUUGCUAUCCAUGAAAAUGCAUUGGCCGAUGACGAAAAAGGGAUCUAAAGUCGGUGAAAGUAAAUAACAAAUUUUCAUAGAAAGAGCAAAAACCAUUGUAGAAAUAUACGUAAAUUUAUUCCAAUGUAGACAAAAGAAUUUACUAUGUAUGUAUAGAUGUAUAUAGUGCUGAUCUAUGUAUGUGUAUUUGUGUGACUCGUCGAAUAAACUCGAGUAAUCUUUUAAAGAUUUUAGCU